AUGGUGAGACUAAAAUAUAUUUAUUAUUUAAUUGUUUUAAUUAUAAUAUUACAAAGUACGAGUAGCAGCAAUGGCAGUAGUAGUGAUAUAGAUUACAACGAUAAUUCAAAAUUACAAAUCUAUAUGGUACCAUUCUCACAUUGCGAUGUUGGAUGGUUAUCAACCUUUGAAGAAUACUAUCAUAAAAGAGUUGGCACUAUUAUCAAUCGUGUCCUCAAACAAUUAUCAUUAAACCAAAAUAGAAAAUUCAUAUGGACUGAAAUGUAUGUUAUCUAUCAAGAAAAAGAAGGUAGGUAUAAUGAAUCAAUGUACUUACUCUUUCCUCUUAGAUCCUAUUUAAAAAUGUGGUGGGAUGAACAGACAAAUGAAAAGAGACAACUAUUGAGGAGACUGGUAGAUAAUGGACAAUUGGAAAUUGUUGGUGGAGGAUGGGUUAUGAAUGAUGAAGCGGUCGUGUCACCAAUAGACAUGUUGGAUCAAAUGACAGAGGGACAUAAAUGGGUACAGAGACAUUUGAAUACGACGGUUCGACACGGUUGGCAAAUCGACCCAUUUGGUCAUAGUAGUCAAACAUCGACCCUCUAUCCACGACUUGGUUUUGACACGUUGGUGACGAGUAGAUUGACAGAGACGUUGAAAGAUUCAAUGGUGGGAUCACAGGAACUACAAUUUAUUUGGGAGGGGUCCCCAUCACUAUCGAAUCGGUCGCAUAUCUUUGUCAAUACAUUGUAUCGUCCCUACGGUGAUGCGGGCAACUACCCCUCCGCCAUUCCACUUGGUCGAGUUGAAAACAAUAUUGGACUCUAUGCUAAAAGGUUUGUCGAUUCGAUUCGACCAAUGAAACAUGCCUAUCGCACAAACGUCAUCCUCAUCCCACUCGGCGACGACUUUCAAUAUUUCGAAGCUGACGAUCAUUUCAACAAGGCAGAUUGUAUCAUGCGGCGAAUCAACAAUCAGUACGGUGAUGAAAUGGUAUUAAGAUAUGGUACAUUAACAGACUAUUAUAAUCAUCUUCACAUUCAAUCGAAAAAGAGACAAAUCAAACUACCAAUCUUUAAAAAGGAUUUUUUCCCCUAUAUUACUGAAACUUCAUUUCCUUGGACUGGAUUUUAUUCAUCCAGACCAUUAUUUAAAAGACAAGUAAGAGAUGUAUCAUCAUUGGUUAGAAGUACUGAAUUUAUUUAUAGUUUGGCAUCUAGUAAAUCAUCAUCAAUUGACAUAUCAAAUAUUUAUCCUUUAAUUCAAAGUUCAAGAAGGUUAUUGGCAAUAUCACAACAUCAUGAUGCAGUAACUGGAACUGCAAGAAGUUAUGUAAUGCAUGAUUAUUUAUUAAAAUUAAUGAAAACAAGAGAACAAUGUAAUAAUAUAAUAUCAAAAUCAAUGGAAUUAUUACUUCAAGCAAAUUCAAAUCAAAAUCAAAAUAAUAAUAAUAAUAAUUUUAAAUUACAAUCAAUAAUCGAUAUUGAUCAAUUAAAUGGUGAUAGUGGUAAAAAAGAAUCAAUAGUAUUAUUUAAUUCAUUGGGAUGGAUUAGAAAUGAAAUUGUAUCUAUUAGAAUAGUAUGUAACGAUACAUCACUACUCGAUAGAAUCAUAAUUAGUGAUCAUAUUGGACACCAACAAAUCAUUCAAUUAGUACCAAUUGUUUUAUUACCAGAACCUUGUUACAACAACGAUAAGAAUAAUAUUAAUAACAAAGAUAAAAAUAAUAAUAAUAAUAAUAAUAAUAAUAAUAAUAAUGUUAUUCAUCAAUAUAAUAUAUAUUUUUUGGCUAGUAGUAUAAAAGCAUUGGGAUUUUCAACAUACUUUUUAUCAUUAUCUCCAACUCCACUACUCAACCAUGUUGAAUCAAAUAUUCACCAAAUCAUCUCUAAUCCCGAAAACAUUGGUCAACUGACACUAGAUAAUUCACUCUACCAAAUUAAAUUCAACUCUAAUGGUAUGAUAAAAUCAAUAACUAAAAAUAACUCUACUAUCAAUCUAACAAAUAGUAUGAGUCAAUACAAAUCAAGUAAUAGUGGAGCAUAUAUAUUUAAACCAGAUGAUGAACCAAAAUCAUUUAUAUUUGGUCAAGAUAAUUACAAUCUUGACAAAUCAACUAUAAAAAUCAUACGAAUUAAUGGUCCUAUAUUUGAUUCAAUCAUUCAUUAUCGGUAUUCCACCAACGGUGAUGGUGAUAAUUUAAAACAAUGUGGACCUGAUACAAGUCAAUAUAUAAGAUUAUACAAGAAUCUUUCAAUGACUGUUGUGGAUCUCAUCGAGUAUGGGUAUAGUGUCGUGGGAGAGAAAAAUAGAGAGACUGUAAUCAACCUCUCUACCAAUAUCAACAAUACCAACAAAAAGUUUUAUAUGGAUAAUGGAUUGGAAAGUAGAACAAGAUUGUGUUGUAAUGAAUCCAUUCCAAUUGGUGAGAGAUAUUACCCACUGCUCAAUACAAUCGAUCUAAAAGAUCAAAAGAAUCAAUUUACUGUGUUUUCAGAUCGAUCACAUGGAGCUACCGUCCCAAAGAUCGGAGAAAUAGAAAUUAUGAUCCACCGUAAUCUUCACCAAGAUGAUCAUCGUGGUCUGGCUGCACCACCAAGAGACAAUACCGAAAUUCAAGGUAAACUAUACUUGAAUAUUGAUACAAUUAGUCAAUCAAAAUUAUUACAAAGAAAAUAUUCAAUUUUAUUAAAUAAUCCUUUAAUAGUUGCAACAAAAAGAAUAGAAUCGAUUGAAAAUUAUAAUCAACAAUACCAAACAAAUAAUAUUGGAUAUUUGAAUAAUAAUGAAGAUGAAGGAAAUUCUGGUGAAUUACCUGUAAAUCUACAUUUGUUGACACUAAAAAAUCAUCAAGAUGAAGAUCCUUCUUCUUCAUCUAAUCCAACUCUUCAUCUUAGAAUUCAACAUUUAUCGUCAGUUGAUCAAUCUCCACCUAUCCAACUAUCAUUAUCUAAAUUAUUUAAUUCUGACUAUCUAAAAGUGACAAAUGUAAAAGAGACAAUGUUAAAUGGUCUAAAUGAUAUUUCUCAACAAGAUUUACAACAAGACUAUAUUUCAACGGUACAAGCUAUCAAAACUAAAAAAUCACAGUCGAGAUUAAAUGUCAAAGACAUUAUGAUCAAUGGUGAAUUUAGUUUAAAUGAUCGAUGUACCGGUGAAUCAGAGUCAUCAUCCUCCUCAUCUCCCUCUUCCAAAUCACUUUAUCAACCUCCACUAACACUUUUAAAAAUAUUUAACUCUGACAAUAAUAGUAGUAGUAGUAGUACAGAUGUUACUGUUAUCACUAUCCAACCUCUUGAAAUUAAUAAUUAUAUUUUAAAUUUGAAAUUUAAUGCACUGUCAUCAACUCAAACUCCUCCUCCUGAUCCUACUACACAAAAUAAUAAUGGUAUAAAAUAUAAUAAUCUUGUUGGAAGUGGUGAACGACAAACUAAAACUAUAACAAGAUACGAUGAUGAUGAAGAACAAUUUGAUAUUAAACAAUUUUAUACUUAUGACUUUUCGAUUAAAACUAUUGAUACUAGACAUAUUGAUGAUUCAGGUGAUUACAAUCAUAAAGAUGUACCACAGUACAUUGGAUUCAUUGUAUUUGCCAUUAUGUUUGUAUUGGCAAUACCAAUUAAGAAGAAAGAGAAAAGAAGAAAUGGUAAAAUAGAACAAGAAGAAGGAUCAUCAACAACACAAUUAUUAUUUUACGCAUCUACUUCUUCAUUGAUGACGAAGGGUGAAGAUCUUCACAACGGUUAA